UGAAACUAAGGCCAAAUUUGAAGCUCUUGGAAUCGAAUGGAUACCAUCUACCAAAGUGAUCAAAAAUCAAGCAGCCUCCCCAGAGGACCCAGUCAGAAAAUGUGCAAGCUGUAUGCUCCAGAGACCUAGGAGUCAGUUAAAGAAGUGCACAGGUUGCAAAGCAAUGCUGUACUGCUCCAAGGAGUGUCAGAUUUGUGACUGGAAAUCCUUACAUGGAGAUUACCUUAGUCACAAGCUCUGGUGCAAGAAAAUAGCAGAUUUCAUGAAGAAGACAGAUGAAUUAAAGAACUUGCCAUUUACGUACAUGUCAGAGACCUCAUCAAAGAACUUCAGCAGAUAUAGAUACAAGGAAUUCCUUCAGAAAAUGGGUGUACUUGAGCAAGGCAUGUGGAAUGUUGAGUUUUUGGCAUCAAAAUAUGAUUAUCCUACUUAUGGUAAUCUACAGUAUGGUGACAAUCCUUAUGUUCUGCCAGUGGAAUCCUCAAUACUUGAAGAACAGCCAACUGAUAAUGCUCAAAGAAUAUCCCCCCUCACAGACUGGAAAAUCUAUUAUGACUGGAGAGGAUUCAGGCUUGACUCCCCCAUAGCUAUUCUACUGCAAUACCCAUUGACUUUGUACUACAUUCUGACAACAUGUUUGCCAAAAGAUUACCCAAGUGCAAAGCAAAUAGAUGCUGCGCAGCUUACUAUCCAUGUUGUCGGUGCGGAGAAGGAAGCCAGUAUCAUUCCUGUUUUCUGGGAGCUCGGAGCAUUAUUGCCAGAAAUACAGCUCACAAUUAUUCUAAUAGGGCCAGAAAUCUGCAAAAAGGUCCAUAAAAAACAAAUGCAGCAUCAAAAUGUGAAUGUCACCAUCCAUAAGGGUCUUUAUGAAAAGUAUCCCGGAGUCAGGCCAGAUCUGAUUAUUGGGUCCACUGUUCCGCACAAGUCCAACCAGAGUGAGCACAUGGUAUCUGAUGACAUGGCACCGUAG